GUGGGUUGAAAGAUUUAUUUUUCCUGUGCAGAAUGAGGCAUUUGCGGUGAAAGAGGGAAGAGCGGAUUCGGUGUGUCUCGGAGUCGAGUAAAGAGGCGACAUGAGAGAGAUGAGAGUGGGCAUGCAGAUAGAUGCUUGUGUUGCAUGCGGAACUUCACUUUCGUCGCGUUUCUUCUCCUCUUUGACACACACACACUUUCCCCCCGUUCUACCCCUUUCUCCCGCAUUUUGGAGACGGUCUCGAUGAAAUUGAAAAGGCGGAGAAGCGAGAGAGUAGCAGACACAGAAGCACAGGCAACGGCCCACCAAGGGCAGGAGGAGCAGCCACAAGGACGCAAAAAAGGAAGAAGAUCGAAAAGCAGAGGAGAGGAAGAGAGAAAGAGAAGAAAGAAAGGAAAGACAUUUCUCUCCGUGCACCCUCGAGUGUCUUUCUUGUUGUGUCUAAAAAAAAGAGAACGGAGGUUGGAAGCCGUCAGAGAUAAUUCUUUUUUCGACAGACGGGGAGUGCCUCGUUUCUUGUGUGUGUGUUUGUUCGCUUCCACUUUUCGCUCUCCCUGUGGUCUGGUUCCGCAGAAGUCUUCUGUUGCUCCUCUGCGAAUCUCGUCUUCUCUCUCUUUCCUCUGAAUCUUCACUUCUUCCUUCCUCAGACCUUCUCUUCUUCCUCCUUCAAAUGCUCUCCUCUGUCUCUGCCCCUCUGUUCUUCCCCCCAAAUUACUGCGUCCUUCUCUCCUAACUCCUGUCUUUCCGACUGGCUUUCCGUCGCCUCUCAGCGCGCGUUCUGCUCCUCCCUCGCGUCUUCUCUCGCGUCUUCUCUUGCGCCUUCUGAGGGUGGAGGAAUCUGUCUUGCUUUCGCAGAGAACUCCUUCGGCGUCGAUGCUCGCCGGAGUGAAGCUGCUGGAUGGUGCACUCAUUCAUCGGAGUAGCACCCACAAGUCCCUCUCGCCACUGUGCCAGUAAUGUCCACGGAAGCGAACGAGUUUUUGCCAGCAUGAGACGCCGCGACAGGGCGCAGAGGCGUCCGUCAGACGAGAACGGCGAAGCGCUUCGACGCGACUCGUCUCACCCUUCUCGCGUUCCUCCUUCUCCCUUCUCUCCACCUCUCUCCACUCUCUGCCCUCUCUCCUCUCCUCUCUUCUUCGUUCCGCUCUCGCGGCUCCCUCAACGCAACAGUCCUUCUUGUGGCUCUGCGUCGCGUUCUCUUCUUUCAGCCGCUCUCUCUGCGGCGGCGUCUCAUCCGCGUACAGGAAUUUUCCUCUCCCGUUGUCUCACAGAGUUGCAGCAGCUGCGCAUGCACACUCGCCCUUUCUCUUCUCUGUCUUCUUUCUCUUCUUUCUCCUCUUCUUUGCCUUCGUUCUCUUCUGAGAAUGGAGAUCGCGUGGCGGAAACUGCGUUCCUUCCCCUGGAAAGCAGACAGCGCGAGGACUUGCUUUCUCACCUUUUCCUUGCGGUUCCUGCGGGUCUGGAAAACCUUCUCGCCUCUCAGCCUCGAGCGGAGGGAGAAGCGAACGCGUUUCAAGAUGACGAGGGAGACGCCGCGACUCCGCGCGCCCUGAAAGAAAGCUGGAAAAGAAAAAAAACGGACGAACCGCAAGCGCCGCGCCAACAGAGCUGCCGGAUCUGCGGCGGCUUCGCGCUCCAGGUGUACGUACACCUGAACGGGCUGCUUGGGGCGUCUCAGCGCGAGGCAGGAAAAGACGCGGGUGACGCGUUUUCGUGGCGUUCCACCGGAGGACGGAGGAACGAGGAAUUGUUUGUGUCGGACGAGGCGCGUCGCGAGGAGGAGCAGCGGAACGAAAGCCAGACAGGAAGUCAAGCGAGUAAAGGAAAGGAUGACACGGAUGGAUGCACAGAUGCACAGCAUCAGUUUUUUCUCCACUUCACUCUCGAAGUCUACGCAGACUAUCCUUUUGAGAUCCCCUGUCUUUUCUUCAGACGCCUCGUCUCCCUCUCGGAGCUCAGGGGCCUCUCAUUACUCCCGAAGCCUCGACCUUCUUCUCCUCCCCGACAUGCUGCUUCUCGUUCGUCUUCUUCUCGUUCGUCUUCUUCUUCUCGUUCUCCUUCUUCUGUGUCUCUGCGUGAGUGCGAUUUCUGUUCGUCGACUGGUCCAAGUACUUCGCCUCGUCCGCGGCUUCUUCGCCCUCGUGUGCUCGUCGAGGAGAUGCAGAAGCGGCUGGCGGCCGUCGGGAGAGACGACCCAUCGGAGGUUCUUUCUCUCUCUGUUCUCGGGGAGAGCUGGCUGCCCUCCCUCUCUCUGCUUCUUCUCCUUCGGCGCUUGUGCGCGUUUCUCCUUCUGCUCUCUCUGCAGCUGAGAGAGGAAGGGGGAGACUCUAUCCCGCAGGCGGCAGAGAGAAGAGACGCUCGCGGAGGACAGCCUGUUGUCGCCGACUGCGUUAGGUUCAGCGACAGGCCGAAGCAAGAAGAAAACUCUCCCGCCGAGGACGCACGCAGACCCAAGAGACGAGAAAGAGAAAGGACGAGUGACAGAAGAGAGAGAGACGCAGGCCAGGACUUCUGGCUAUGUCGAUCCAUGCGGAGUCUCCGGAGAACAGGGAAGGCCGGGACUUGCCUCCUCCUGCUCUUCGUCCUUCUCCUGCGGGCUGCCGUCGGUCUCCACCCCUAUAGCGGUGAAGGACGCAUGCAAGGAGGCUACGGAGACUUUGAGGCUCAACGGCACUGGAUGGAAAUUGCCUUCAACCUUCCUCUCGCCUUUUGGUACACCUACGGAACGUAUCUUUCUUCUUCUUCUCCGUCUUCUUCUCUCUCCUCUUCUUCUGCCGCCUCAACGGGGCGCAGAGGCGGCGGUGACUUGUCGGAGUCUCCUGAGGUGAAGACGCGUUUUCGCGAGGCCGGAAAGCGCCAAGGAAUCGCCGCUGGACUGCCGACGCGCCGUACGCUAUGGUGGCCGCUGGACUAUCCGCCUCUGAGCGCCUUUCUCGCUCGCCUCCUCGCGCCUCUCGCCUUCCUCGUCCACCCGCCCGCAGUCACUUGGUGGACCUGGAGGCGACAUGCGGCCCUGAGCGUGGAGAGUGAAACGAGAGAGAAAGGAACGGCAGGAAAAGGCGGCGGGGAGCCAGCGAACGACGGAGAAGGUUGUGAAGGAGCAGGGGAAGAAGAAGCGCCAAACGGAGAAGAGACGAAAGCAAGGAGUGAGAACGAAGGAGAAGAAGACGCAGACGGAGAUGCAAGAGAAGACGCCGAAGCGAAGGAAGAAGGACUCGAAGAGGAAGCAGAAGCGACAGAAGACGUUCGACAGGAGCGAGGGAAAACGACGAAGAAAACGAGGGAAGCGAAGAAGAGAGGAACAACAGAGGAGCAGCGAGAAAGACAGAGGGACAGAACAGAUGCCUCUUCAACUCGUGACGAAGCGUCGCCUUUUCCCCAGUUCCGCGGAAUUGAAGAAAGUCUCUUUCGCGUCUUCAUGCGAUGGACUGUCAUCGUUUCCAAUUUCCUCGUCUUUGCUCUCGCCUCUCUCUUCUUCUUUCUCUCCUCUUCCGAAACUGAAAAGAAGGAAGACGAACAAGAGCAAGGCGAAGGAACACCCAGAUACCGCAGGGAGAGAGAUGAAGAAGACGAACCAGAAGAAGAGGAAAACGGAGGAGACCGUGACGUCCGGAUAGGCGGGUGUGCCGAAAAGGUCGGAGUUGCCGCUUGGUUCUCUUCUCGUUUUUCGACCUUUUCAAUGGGCAAUUUCUUUUUCUCUUCUCUAGCACAUGAUCGGUCUCCUCGCUGUCCAUGUGCCUCCCGCGAAACGCAGUCGACGCUCGCGCUUCUUCUCUUUCUUCUCUCGCCGCCCCUGCUCCUCAUCGAUGAUGGUCACUUCCAGUACAACGGCGUAGCUCUCGGCCUCACGGUGGCUGCCACUGCGUUUCUCUUUCGUCAACAAGACUUCCUUUGCGCCUUCUGUUUCACACUGGCUCUGCUGUUCAAGCAAACGAGCCUCUAUUUCGCCCCUGCCUUCUUCGCAGUUCUCCUUUCUCGCGCAACGCAGCGCAUCCACUUCCGAGGAGCUCUGCAGGCUCCGCGGACGUCUCGCCUGCCUCUCAGCGACUGCUUGUCGCGGCUCUUUCCUUUGGGCCUAGUCGUUCUCUCGACUUGCUUUUUCUCGCUCCUGCCCUUCGUGCUCCACCCGCCUCGAGUCCUGACGCUGCAGCAGCAGCAGAGCGACUCUCUCGCCGUACCACCCUCUGCUUUCUUCCAAGAAGCGAAUGCGGCAGAGUCCCUGGACAGUGGAGCCUCGGGGCAGUCGCUACCUCUCGCCGCGGCCCUCACGCUGUGGCGGCGCGUCUUCCCCUUCCACAGAGGUCUAUUCGAAGACUACGUCUCCAACUUCUGGGUCGCUGUGGCCCCUGUCUUGCGACUUCGCGGCGACGCGCUUCUCUCUGGGCGCUCUCUGCUUCUCCUCUCCCUCGCGCUCACUCUCGCGGCCCUGCUCCCUGCAUGCGUCGGGGUGUACGUACACCCCACGCGCGACCGGUUCCUCGCUGCGCUCUUCGCCUCGGCGAGCGCCUUCUUCCUUUUCUCCUUCCACGUCCACGAAAAAGCGAUACUCCUCCCUGCCACCGCUGCUCUCCUCUUGCUUCCGCGAAACCCCGAUUUCGGGUGUACGUACAGCCUGAUGGCGACGUUUUCCCUCCUGCACCUCAUGCAGAAAGACGUACUGGUGUUCCCCGCGACUCUUCUUCUCCUCGCGUUUUUCUAUCUUUCGUCGCUUCUCACGCCGCACCUCCGACGGCCUGCGUGUCGCUUAAAGUUCCAGAACUCUUCUGUUUCGUCUCCCUUCUCCCAAGCCGUUUUCUUCUUCUCCACGAAGCUUUCAAGAGAUAAAAUUUCUCCGUCCCCUCUCUCUGCCCCGCACUAUCCACUUCCUGUCUCCUCUGCCUCUUCGACUGUUUCUUCUUCUUCGUCGCCUCGUUCUCUUCUCCAGCAAGCGGACGCCUUCUCACUUUCUCGUUUUCUCUCCGACGUCUGCCCCGCUCUCCUCCAGCUCCCCGUCUUCCCGCUGCGUCGGGUGUACAUACACCUGAGAUUCGCGUUCAGAUCGAUGUGUGCCUCUCUCUUUCCCUCUUCUUUUGUGGCGUCGGUUUCGCCCGCGACGCGCCCCUCACAGCUUCGCACCUCUACGCCCUCAUACGUUCCUUCGGCACUUUCGCGAAAACGCGAAGAACUCGAGGCUUUGCGCGCCAGCGAAGCUGCGGCGUACGUACACGUCGCUCGGGUGUUGACGCGCAGCGGCGCGGAAAGGAGCUUCCGUGGUCUCGACGCGGGUCGCUGCAUGCCCCGGAGAACGUCUCCUUUUUCCGGAUUGUCUUUGCUCUUUCUUUCUCCUUCGGGGUGGCUGGUAGCUGCCGCAGUUCUGGCGAGCUUCCAGCUGUUUGCCCGCCCGCCAGCGCGUUUCCCCUUUCUGUUCGUCUACCUGAACUGCGUUCUCCACUUCGUCUUCUUCUUCGCGAGCUUGGUCUACGUGACUCUUUGCUCCUUUGCUGCUCAACCGAAACGCGGAGAUGAGUCUCUUCUCGAAGCAACGCGCGAGGACAUCUAUCAAGAAGACUUUCCUUUUCCUUUGUCGGAAAAUCCAGACCAAGGUCCUUCCGAGGUGGACUGCUCUCGCGAACUUCACACACAAGUCGAGCUUUCUGUUCCGGGGGAAUAAAGAGAGCAUAGACGCACAACUUGCUUCUUUGCUUUCGUCGUUUCGCUUCUUUCUGACCUGUGGAAGCCUCAUUGUUUCUCCACCCUGGAAGAUGGGACUGCGCUUCCUCUCACUCGCGUCAGUUGCUCCGAAAGUCUUUCCUUCUCUGCUUGCCGCAGCCUGGAAGGACGACCUUCUGUCUGACGCAUGCAUGCAGUGAGAAAUCCAGACUCAACGCGGUUCGCUCCACUUCCUCUGUCUUGGAAAACUCCGCUGGGCAACCUCUCCCCUUCUUCCUUUCAGGGACCACGUUGACAAAAGCUGUCACUGCGUUCUGGGCAUCCCCCUUUUCUAUACUUAAUAGAUACUAUAUGUUU